GGGACUAUUGGUGUCACAAGAGAUGACAUUCUAGAUCUCGGGCACACAUUGAUAUAGGUUUUCGCAGAACAAUAAGAAGUACUAGGAUAUUGGAUAUGAGCCGCAAGUCCCCUUCUGGUGUCUUUAAUCACAAUUUAAAUACCAUUUGUGAAGUUACAAAGGAGCUGUUAUCAAUUUCGAUUGGUCGCUGAACGCGUGGAGGACUGUGUAUGUGCAACGAGAGGUACAUACGUGAAGCGGGCUGGCAAACAUUAAACCAAAACUACCGAGCAUAGGUUUGAGACAUUACAACAGAAAUACCUCGACGUGUUUGGAUUAUCACCUGAACUAUGGCUUCUGAACUAACAUGGCUUCCAGCCGUCUGCGGAAAUUCAUCUCGGAAAUGGGCAUUCUGGGAUAAUGAUCUGACCAUCAACACCACUACUCCAGAGUUCACAUUAUGCUUUCAAUACACCGUGACAGUGUGGGUUCCCAGUGCAUACCUUUGGCUCAUCCUUCCUUUCUUUGCCAUCUACUUGAAUUGGCUUCCAACCGUUAACACAUGGAGAGACAAAAGCUGGAUUAACUUCAUCAAAAUAUUUUUAGGGAGUUUGAUAACAGUAACACUGAUUGUUGAUUUUGCGUUGCGUCUUGCGAGUGAUCCGACUGAAGUUGCUGUUUAUCUUGCUUCAAUACUAUUAAUUCUAACAUCGUUAUUAGCAACGAUACUGUCCCACAUCGAAUAUAGCAAGAGAAUGCACACGUCCUCAGUUCUUGUGAUAUAUUGGUCACUGGCAUGUGUAGGAGG